AUGUCAGUCGGGAAUCUACGCUGGUUGAAGACUGGAGGGGACGAAAAAGUCUUGUCACAUGGUAUUUCCUUUGGAAUGCCAUGGGCUAAGGGUCUCUAUCAAUCAGGGCAAACUUUUACGCUCGAGGGAAACGGUCAAGCAUAUCCCUUGGAUUGCCGAGAGAUCGCUUUUUGGCCUGAUGGCUCUCUGAAAUGGACAGCACAUUCUGUGAGCGGAAAUAUCAAAUACUGCGAGAACUACACGGUUCAAGGAGCGGAAAGAUCUAAAGAAUUAUCACCCUUUGUCGAACAAAAAGUUAAGACAACGUUUGGGUUGGAGUUAGAGCUUCCAGCUGUUGGGAGUUCCUCCUUGUUCACGAACUUGUCUAUAAAAGGGCAAAUUGUAUGUUCUAGGGCUGAUAUCAUUGCUUCAAUCGACAAGAAAACCUUCAACACUAUUGUACGACAGGUAGAAGUUGAAAAUGCGACCUUCUCUCGAAUCCUAAUCAAAGUAUCCGGUGUGACAGUGUCUACCAGCGGCGAUGAACACCUUCCCUUCGACGUGAGAAUAUACGUUUACCAAAAUACCUCUACCAUAAGAAUUGUUCACUCUUUUACCCACGACUUGGAUUGUGAAGAAUCCUUGACAUCAUUGGGAAUUCGGUUCCAUGUUCCAUUUGGAGAGACAGAACUCUACAACCGACAUAUUCGCUUUGGUGGGUGUGAAGGAGGCAUUCUGGGUGAGGAAGUACAAGGGCUUUCUGGCUUGAGAUUCGGUCCAACUGUGCAGAACAGAAUUGAUCAAACGGCCGGCAAACAUGUUACACUCUCAGAGGAAGAAUGGAAAAAGACCGAGCUUUCAAAAGGUCUCGCUUGCAUUCCAUCGUGGGAUGCUUAUACUCUCUCUCAAUUGUCAUCAGACGGCUUCAAUCUCAAAAAGCGCACCAAAGCCGGAUGCUCUUGGGUUAAAGUGACAGCAGGAAGCAGAGCAGAUGGAACGAGUUACGUGGGAUCGGCCCAAAAUGGAGGUUUGGCUGUCUCCAUGGUCGACUUCUGGGAAAGAUAUCCCACUCAACUUGAUCUUUCUGGAUUAACCACAGACACGGCGAGCAUGACGGUAUGGCUGUAUUCACCUCUUGCCGAACCUCUCGAAACCAGUCCCUACCACGAUGGACUGGGACUUGACACCUACAGCAAACAGUUGGAAGGACUAGAUGUGACAUAUGAAGACUACGAGCCCGGCCUAGCCACGGCCAAUGGUAUCGGAAGAUCUAACCAGCUUUUCCUCAAACUAUUCACAUCAACACCCACUCAUCAAGAACUGAGUACUUUCUCAAGCUUCGUUCGAGAUCCGCCACGUUUAGUUCCUACUCCGGGAUACAUGCACGCCACAGGUGUCUUCCAUGGAUGCUGGGCUCCAGACAAUGCCAACGGUAAUGCCAGCUAUUUUCCAUCGCCGAAAGAGCUUCAUGUCGAGCAAAAUCUAGCAAUGCUAUUUAAUUUCUAUAAUAAACAAGUGGAACAACAUCGGUGGUAUGGGUUCUGGGAUUAUGGUGAUGUGCAGCACACAUACGAUGCAUACCGGCAUGCUUGGAGGUACGAUGUGGGAGGUUUUGCAUGGGAUAACUCCGAACUUUCCACAGAUCUUUGGCUGUGGCUCUACUUCCUUCACACCGGUAGAGCAGACGUUUUCAAAAUGGCUGAAGCUAUGACCCAACAUACCUCCGAGGUGGACGUAUACCAUACGGGGAGAUUCAAAGGGUUCGGAACCAGACAUGGUGUGCAGCACUGGAGCGACAGUUCAAAGCAGCUACGCAUAUCGAACGUACUGUAUCGACGCAUCUACUUUUACUUGACUGGAGAUGAGCGCACCGGCGAUCUCAUCGAAGAGCUCUCAACUUGCCAGAAUGCUCUCUAUGCCCUAGACUCGCACCGAAAGGUUCAGCAACACGGAGAUGUACCGCAAGACUUCGCGAUGGCUAACAUAGGCCUUGACUGUGGACCAUUAGCUGCGGCUUGGCUUACAGCUUGGGAGAGACGAACUGAAGGCUGGGAGAAUUCCAGAAAGCUCUUAGUUCAUCUGCUUGAAGGCAUCGCAAGUCUCCCACACGGUAUCGCAAACAAUGCUGCCCUAUUCAACCCCAAGACAGGCGAGAUGCGCGUGUGUCCUCCUCCGACGCCCGACCAUGCCAUCUCUCACUUAUCCAUGCUGUUCAGCUUCCCCGAGAUCUUCACUGAGCUACUUGACUACGCAAAAGACGAUCACGCAUCAAGCGUCGAAGCCUUCAAGCGCAAAGCCUGGUUCCCAUACAUGAAAGCCUACAACGGCACCCGCGAGGUCCAAGUCCAGGAAUAUGGCUUCGAAUGGGAUUUCACCUUCCCGCCCGAUGCCACUUGGAGACAGAGUCACUCUACUUUGACGGCUAUAGUGGCCGCGCAAGAGAAGAGUGAGGAGCGCGGAAAGGCAGCGUGGGCUCAAUUCUUUGGGACGGAUGGAUAUAGUGAUGCUCACGACUGGAGUGUUAUCAAGGCAGAACCGCCUAAUUUCUUUAAUAGGGGGGAAGAGGCGCCGUGGAUUACGACAAAUGAGGCUGCGAGGUAUGGUGUUAGUGCGAUUUUUAAUUUGGCGAAUAUUAGGGAGUAUCUCUGA